AUGGACAGCCCCAGCAAUGCCACCACGCCCUUUGGUUUUCUCCUUCAAGGCUUCUCUGAGUUCCCGCAUCUGAGGCCCGUGCUCUUCCUCCUGCUUCUGGCCGUGCACCUGGCCACCCUGAGUGGGAACCUGCUUAUCCUGGUGGCCGUGGCCACAGUACCCAGCAGGCCACCCAUGCUGCUCUUCCUGUGCCAGCUGUCAGCCAUCGAGCUCUGCUACACGCUGGUGGUGGUGCCCCGCUCCCUGGCUGACCUGACCAUGCCGGGCCACGGCAGGGGCAGCCCCAUCUCCUUCCUGGGCUGUGCCCUUCAAAUGCAGAUGUUCGUGGCUCUGGGCGGGGCCGAGUGCUUUCUGCUGGCUGCCAUGGCCUAUGACCGCUACGUGGCCAUCUGCCACCCUCUGCGCUACGCGGCUGUGGUGACUCCGGAACUGUGCGUGCGACUGGCCCUGGUCUGCUGCUUCGGGGGCCUGGCGGUGUCCGUGGGGCUCACGGUGGCCGUCUUCCACCUGCCCUUCUGCGGCUCCCGCCUGCUGGUGCACUUCUUCUGCGACAUCACGGCGCUGCUGCACCUGGCCUGCACGCGGAGCUACGCCGACGAGCUGCCCUUGCUGGGCGCCUGCCUGGUGCUGCUGCUGCUGCCCUCGGUGCUCAUCCUGGCCUCCUACGGCUCCAUCGCCACCGCGUUGCGCCGCCUGCGCUCCCCCGCAGGCCGGCGCAAGGCCGCCUCCACCUGCGCCUCGCACCUGGCCGUCACCUUCCUGCACUACGGCUGUGCCACCUUCAUGUACGUGCGGCCCAAGGCCAGCUACUCCCCGCGGCUGGACCGCACGCUGGCACUGGUCUACACCAACGUCACGCCGCUGCUCUACCCGCUCAUCUACAGCCUGCGCAACCGCGAGAUCACCACCGCCAUCAGCAGGGUGCUGGGGCGCCGGUGGAGGGGCUGA